UGGGAUAACAUCAAUCAACAACUGAAUAUGUCGCUUACUACUGAAUUUAACAAUGCUGGGGAACCAUGGUCUGCGCCGGUUAAGACCACGAGUAAUGGGUUCCUGUCCUUAAACAUGAUCAUUUUCUCCUUGGUGUUCCUUUGUUUGGCAACAGUUGAUGAUAAGCAUACAAGAGCUGGAUCCAUCAAAUACGUUAUUUUCAGCGCCCUAGCAGCUUUGUCCAUUGGAUUUGGUACAAUUACGCUCGCUGACUAUGUUGGUGUGUAUGUUUGAAUCAAGGUUAUAUCUCUUUUAUGUAAAAAAAAGGCAAUGUAUAUGAGUUAGUCA